AUGGCUGAACUCUGUUUCCUCCGUCAUGGCCCUCGAGCCGAUCUCUCCAACCAACAGCCGCUCAAAGCGGACUGUGAGCCGUAUGAUGCGCUGGUGAGCGAAAACACCGUCCAGCUUGUGGAUGACGUGGCCAAUCAUAUCAUAGCUGCGGGCAAUUUCGCCGGGAUCCCCAAGAAGAAUGUAUAUAUCCACUUUUCUCCGUAUCUACGCUGUUGCCAAUCCGCCGAUCUCUUGGUGACGGCCAUGGGCAGUCGCUUGGCGGGUCUUGUGCCCGAUACCACUGUGAAGUUCCAUCUUUUGUGCGAUUUUGCCCUUUCGGAAUGGAUCCACGAUCGAAUGAAGAACCAGCCUCCGUUUAUAGAUUCCACCGAGGCUUAUCAGAUGUAUACCCCCAACAUUCAGGGUCUCCAAAAUAAACGGUUGGUGCUGAACUUCCGCCCAACGACGCAAUUGGGACCCUGGAACGAGCCUCAUCUCUCGUACAAAGAGUUUCUGGAGCGCUGCAAGACCUACACCAAGAAGCUUCUAGCCACAUACGAGGGAGAGUCGCAUCAGCACGACAUGAUCAUUGUAGUCACCCAUGGAUACGUGAUUUCCAGCAUUCUUUCGUAUUUCAUCAAUCACCCUGUAUUCGAAGAAAUCCCUGAAUUCGGCGUCAACUAUGCCAACAAGAGGGAUGGCCAUUGGGUUCUCGAGAAAGACUGCUUGGGAAUCUUGGAGCGCGAUCCGCACUUGAACGGUACCCUCAAUUUGGAGACCGACAUCAUAUACUACAAGACAAACUUCAUCAAGAAAGACGACUUCGAUCCGGAUAGGCAGUAUCCUGCAAUCGGCUUUCUGGGGCUCAAGAAAACAGACCAGCCUCGGCUGUCGUUCCGGAUUCAAUCUGUGAAUGCGUCUGUGCCCAAGAAAGCUCAGAAUCCGCUCUGUUCUGGUGCCCGUGAUUGGAACCCACAGGAUUGCAACAAGUUCAAAAUUAAGGCUGAAUUUAAGAUGAAAGUCAUGCAUGAUAGCGCGUUCAAGAAAGCCUUCUCCAUCGAGAAUAGACCGUUGCAUCCCAUCUCGCCCGAAGUGUCUCCAAACCUGGCCCCUACUAGAACAAAUUCAACUGUAAAUUUGUCCAAAUUGCAUUCCAACGAUGAAAUCUAUCAUCCACUCAAGCUCAGAUAUUCACUGGCCUCGGAUAUUCCUGUUGCAUACCUCAAUUCCAAGCUCAGUUCGCAUGUGAACUCACAACUGAGCUUGCUUUAUUUCAACCACAAGUCCUCCGAUGGCUCAUAUCUGGACUUGUUGCGUAAUGGCCAGCUGCUGGGUGGUCUGAACUCGCCUCGUGACCAAGACCCUGCCGAAGCGCUGUCCACGAACAUGCACGAGGUGAUAUCCAGACUCAGUCGUGUGCGUUCGCUACAGCGGAGACGUACAAAUACGCCGAAGUUUGGCGCCAUAUCCGAAAACGAGUCGGAUCAGGAACAGCCCAGUUUUGCAUUGCAGUUCAACAGCAGUUCUGUGGUGCCGCCGCGGAACAAUUUGGUCAACUCUCCUCCGCCUGUGACCAACACACUCACGAAACCCUCACCGCAAAAGCCGAAGCGGCCACAGCCCAAUCGGUCCAAGAGUGGUGUUUUCUAUUCCUUCUCGGGCUCCAGCAGUGACGAGGACCUGGAGGAAGAGAAGCAGGACCAGUACAUGUGGUUUGGUCAGAAUGCGAAGCGUUAG